AUGUCGUCAUUCCUCAGAGAAGCCCCUGUAGGGCAGUUGAUCCGCCUCAUCACCAGAAACCGAGUCCUGAGAUACCCCGAAGAGCAACCAAACUUCGAGCUACCAGAGCCGUGGACCAGGCUCCUGAACGAUGAAUCGAAAGGGACAACAUCACCCUCAGCAUUCGAUGGCAGCAGGUCCUCUAGUACCCUUUCAUCCUCCACGGACGACAGCGACAACAACCAGGCAGAUACUAGGGCCUCGGUAUCAACCAGCCCAGCCGCACUCACACGGUCGAGGAGCGCCAACCAGGAUACAAUCUCCGUUGCCCAACACCGUUUCGAUAUCGAGCAGCAGCACGAGCUCGAAAAGACAAAGUCGAUCCCCAUCACACCCCGAAAGACCAAGGAUGGCGCAAUCCUAGUUGAUUGGUAUUUCACGGAUGAUCCCGCCAACCCUCAGAACUGGAGCGAUAUGCGCCGGGCUAUGAUCACACUCAUCAUCUGUUUGUACACUUUUGUCGUGUAUACAUCGUCGGCCAUCUAUACCACAUCGGAGGAGGGCGUCAUGCACGAGUUCGGCGUCGACGACACCAAGGCAUCGCUGGGUCUGGCCCUGUUCGUCUUGGGUUACGGCAUUGGUCCCUUGCUGUUCUCGCCUCUGAGCGAGCUGCCCUCGAUCGGCCGGAACCCAGUCUACAUCUGGACUAUGUUCUUGUUCGUUAUCAUCUCGAUUCCCACGGCGCUCGUGACCAACUACCCGGGCCUGAUGGUCCUCCGCUUCUUGCAAGGCCUUUUCGGGUCGCCAUGUCUCGCCAACGGCGCCGCCUCGCUGUCUGAUAUGUACUCGAUGCUCUCUGUACCUUACGCUUUGACUGCUUGGGUUUCGGCCGCUUAUAACGGACCUGCUCUGGGUCCGCUCCUAUCUGGCUUCUCUGUUCCCGUUAUGGGUUGGAGAUGGUCUCUAUUGGAAAUCAUCUGGGCAGCCGCGCCGGUGUUUAUCGCAAUGUUUCUGUUUCUGCCGGAGACGUCGACACCGACUCUACUGCUGCAGCGUGCCCAGCGCCUGCGCAAGCUCACAGGCUCGGAUCGAUUCAUGUCACAAUCUGAAAUUGAUCAGCAGAAUCUUGACAAACGAGCGGUGGUCAUUGACGCCCUGAUCAAGCCGAUCGAAAUCACAAUCAAGGAUCCUGCUAUUCUGUUCGUCCAACUAUAUACUGCGAUCAUAUAUGGUAUCUAUUAUAGCUUCUUUGAAGUCUUUCCGCUCGUCUACCCAGUCUACUAUGGGAUGGGCUACGGACAGGUCGGGCUGGUCUUUCUGUGUAUCCUCGUUGCCUGCUUGCUCGGCGUCACCGUAUACCUUUCAUACCUUUACUUCUACAUGAACCCACGCAUUGUCGCCAAGGGCUACCCUAUCCAGGAGUCACGCUUAAUCCCGGCGCUGAUCGCGGCCUUUGGUCCGACAAUCGGUUUGUUCAUCUUUGCGUGGACCGCGCGACCCGAUAUCCACUGGAUCGCCCCUACCAUCGGCAUCACCAUCUACGGCGCGACCGUGUUCGUUGUUAUGCAAUGCAUCUUCGUGUACGUUCCGCUGAGCUAUCCCCAAUAUGCUGCAAGCUUGUUCGCCGGCAACGACUUCUUCCGCAGCGCGCUCGCGUUCGCCAGCAUUCUGUUUGCGAAGCCCCUGUUUGCGAACUUGGGCGUCGCUCGGGGUACGACCUUGCUGGGUGGUCUGAGCACCAUCGGCAUUGCAGGCAUCUGGCUCCUGUACUUCUUCGGGGCGCGGUUGAGGAGUCUGAGCAAGUUCGCCGUUUCGGUGGAAUGA